CAACAAUCUCCAAUCGUCACUGCUGCUAGAUCCCGUCAAGAAUCAAGACCCCCCUCCAACCCCCCGUCCAGCUAAAGCUAUCACUCGCCACACCUACGAUCACACCUACGACCACGCCGACCCGCAAGAUGUCCGCUACACGAUCUGCCGUGAUGUCGCUCUACCGGCGGGCACUCAACACGUCGCUGCACUGGACCGUUCGUCGCGACCUUUGGCGUGUGCAGGCGCUGAACAUCCGCGACAUGUUCGAGGCCAACCGGGACGUGACCGAUCCUCGCCAGCUCAGCAAACUCCUCCAAGAGACCGAGAAGACGCUCCAGAAGUGGAAGCACCCCGACCCCUACGUUGCCCCGACAGCUCCCGGAGGCUCCAAGUACGAGCGAAACAUGCCGGCGCCAUUCUUUACCCCUCCGCCCAAGGAGAUGGUCGAUGCGCUCUAGGUGAGGACUGUAGGAGAGUGGAUGCGCUGGUGUAUAUACUACAUAGCACUCGCAAACUGGUUGCCAGCAAUGGAGAAUUACAACCAAUCUUUGAUCUUGUUCUUCCUUCCUCUAGAUAUCGUCUUCUUCCACACGUCGAGUGAGAUAUGAAUUUGUUGUACGUGCUCGUUCGGAUCAACCCGGGGUGUAUAGUAGUGUGGUGGAGGAGAGCCUCGCCCACAACCCUCGCGAGGCGCUACAUACCAGAACAUGCUAGCACUCUCCGCGUCGCACGACAACAGCCACGGCCAGAACGAUCAUAAAGAACGACGUCGCGGCACCACGACCCCCCCUCGAAACGUUCUCCCCGCCGAGGCCUGUCGCACCCGCAUCCAAGAAUGCCGACC